AUGCCCAGAGCGGGCGUAUUUUGGAAACAAUACCGCGCGGUGCGCAGUGGCCUCCUCCUGCGCCCGCCCGCGCCCGCAGCCGCAGCCGCCCCUGCCAGCGCCUCCCGCCUCGUUCCAGAGCCCGCUGGGCUUUUCCCCUCCUUCCCAAACGAGUCUGGGCGCCAAGCCCAAGUGCUCGUCACGCUGGACCCUGGCGCAGAGCCCUGGCAUCACGACUCGGAGGCCGAGACUCUCUCCUGGAGUCACCCAGGGGAGAUGGAGCCGCCUCAGUGUGUGGAGGAACUGGAGGAUGAUGUGUUCCAACCAGAGGAUGGGGAGCCAGGGACUCAGCCCGGGAGCUUGCUCUCUGCUGACCCCUUUGCCCAGAGCCAACUGGACUGCCUCAGCCGGCUUCAGCUCUUCCCUCUCACCCACUGCUGUGGCCCUGGGCUUCGACCCACCAGUCAGGAAGACAAGGCCACUCAGACCCUCAGCCCAGCCUCCCCAAGCCAGGGUGUCAUGCUGCCUUGUGGAGUGACUGAAGAACCCCAGCGACUCUUUUACGGCAAUGCUGGCUACCGGCUUCCUCUCCCUGCCAGUUUCCCUGCAGGCUUGCCCCUCGGAGAGCAGCCCCCUGAAGGGCAGUGGCAACAUCGAGCAGAGGUACAGAUCGCCCGAAAACUUCAGUGCAUUGCAGACCAGUUCCACCGGCUUCAUAUGCAGCAACACCAGCAGAACCGAAAUCGUGUGUGGUGGCAGAUUCUCCUCUUCCUGCACAACCUGGCUUUAAAUGGAGAUGAGAACAGGGAUGGGGCAGGUCCUAGGUGAGGCUGGGCUGCCUGCUUCACUUGGGGCACCAGGAACGCAGUCUGGAGUUGUCCAGGAGGACCAACACUGUGUCUUGGGAAGUCGUUUUUGUUAUUUUUAAGUUUUUCCUUUGUGUGUACAUAUGACAUACCCCAUCCGGACCUUCUUUCCCUGUUCAGGGACUUGACCUUGAAUUGGGGACUUUGUCAAACACUGUUGAUGGAGAGGCUCAUGGGUCUGUGAUGCUGGGAACUCCCAAGGGCUCUGACAAGUAGGUUCUUCAGUCAGAGCUGUCAAAGAUGACCAGUUAGUGAUAUUCUCCAGGAAGUGGACUAUAGUUAUUCUACAGAAACUCAGUUAAGAAAUAGGAGACUGGAUUAGACCUCCAGUCCCACCAAACCUAUCAUCCUCCCAUCAUGCAAGAGGGGCCUUGAUCCUCAUGGUCAUACUGCUCUAACCAAACAGGGCCUUGGCCAGAACCUUUCCAGCUACAGAUGGCAGCAUCACUAGGCCGGUCAGCCAGCUCCACAUCUGGGUUCUUAUUGGGCCCAACCAGUGCCCACCCUGAGGGCUCAGGGAUUCUUACCCCAGAACUGUCACCUCCAGCCAACUCAGGGAGGGCUGGGCUUCUCCAAGGACCCCUCGAAAGUGCUGCAGAAUGAACCAAGCAUUCCGGUAGACCUCAAAUCUGAUUUAAUCCCACUUGGAGGCUCUGGGAUUGGUCUAAGGCACAGAAGCACUGCUACUUCUGCUGCCUGGGACCAACUGGGUGUCAGCCACAGAUAGGCCCGGCAGCCAGUCAACUUGCUAUGCCCAGCAGCCUGUGCCUUUGUCAACUCUGUUUUCCAAAGAUCCUGCCAACUGGACUGCAUUCCACCCAAUAUCAGCACUGUGGCACAAAAAGGGGCAGGUUUGCAGUGGGGCUAGGAAAUGUGGCAGCCAUCCCACAGAUAAAAGUCAGCCCCAGAGGCCCCAGACCCCUUGGUUUCCUUGGAAACGACAUACCUCCUCCCCCUCACCCCCAUUCCUUUUUCACACCUAGUGGGAUAGAGGAAAAAGCCAGAACAAGGGGCUUUGUCAGCUGAAAAGUGACUUUUAGAGUCAUAGACAGUGAUCAGAGUGUGGAACCAUCAAAGCUGGGUACACAUUUCCUGUCUUCCUUCAGCUUCCAGCCAAGCCAGGAGGGCAAGCUCUGGAACUCAGCAGGAUCACAGCUGCCUCUGAACUUCUUCCCUUCUCUCCCUGCUGUGGCACUAAUGGAGGGAAUUUAAAGCAGCUGGUCUGGCAGCUUUGAUAUCAGACACAGGGAAUCUGUUAACCAGACACUUAGAAAUUAAAUUAUAAUUUUUGCAUAUGUAAGAAAAGACAACAUUGGUGCUAAAGAUAAAGCAAGGCCCAAAGAAAGGAUGACUUCCCCCGGGCAUAGAAGAUCCUGGGACAACUCAAGGAUACUGGAGGAGUCCAAAGUAGACUCUUGAAUCCGAACAAGCCCAAGCUCCUCUAGUUCUGCAGAGAAGAGAUCUUCAGUACUGUUGAAGGACAACUGAUCUUCUGGAUGUACAGUUGGGCAAGUUGUUCACUGUGCAAGGGCACCUGCAGAGGGAGCUAAUGGAGGCUGAAAUCCAGCCGUUACUCUGCUCUCUAACCUGUGUGCUCUGAUGUGGGGCUGCAUCUGCUCAGAGUUAGGGGUGCCCUUCCUAUUUGCACAAAGGUACCGGAUGCACUCACAGUGGUCCUGAGAGGGACCUCCUGACGGUGCGUGUAAGCCUCUCUUCUGUUCUGCUCAGACGAUCUGGAGAUAUUACCUCUUCUUGGCCAGAAUCAUUUUCUCAGGGUCUGUACCAUGGUGUGUCUGCUAAGAAGAUGGGUUCCUGCUUACAGAAGCCCAGGGAAUGGGUAAGAAGACUGGCUCUGGGACAGGCUGGCCAUUGUGAAAUCUAGCCUUCACUGCAUGUCUCCAUACUGUUUUGUGACAUGUAUAGGACAUACGUUGUUUUCCCCUCCUGGAUCAAGGCUGUGACAGUCAGGCUGCUGGUGUAUGCUUGAGUGGUACACACACACACAGGAUUAUUUACACCAGCCACUUUUAACCCCUCUUGGCAGACUUUCCACCUGAGCUGAGAGAAACAGUGGGCUUGACCUUGGUGUUGAGGCCAGACCAUCGGCUUCAGACUUUGCCAGGUCCAGGCUGGAUGCCUGUUGGCCUGUCCUGAGAACUGAGUGCAGUUUGACAAGUCCACCUAAACUGAUUAAGCCAGGUGGCAGCUGGUCUCACUGUACCAUCUCCAUCUUAAGCCAAGCCAGGAACACCCUCACUAUCUUAGGCCAGGCAGGGCAAAAUUUAAACCCCCUUUUAUUUCCCCUGCCUCUCAAAAAAAUCCCAAACCAGAAUGGGGAUGUGACUCAGUGAGAUGGAGGCCCUGAGUUAGGUCCCCAGCACCGAAGAAGAAAAUAAAUAAAUAAAUAAAUAAAUAAAUAAAUAAAUAAAAUAUAUCUAUACACACGCACACCCACACGCACACGCACACACACACACACAUACCUCCAGAAGGGACCCAGCAAUGCAGCCCCAGGAGGGAGAGGUUCCUCCUGGCUGACUGGUUUAAUGGACCUAGUAAUCCAGGCUGGCCUCUUUCCCUCUCCUAGUGAAUUGACUUUAUAUUCCCCAAGUCCAGCCUCAGGAGAUGCCCCUUGCCUGGGCCCCUCCGACUCCAUCCCCCACCCCAGGAGCCUGGCUUUCUCUAGUGAGGGGGUGGAGAUUCAAAUUUAGAGGGAGGGAGAGUCUGACCUGGGUCCUGACCUGUAACCAGCUGAAGGCCAGUGGGGCUUUUGUGGAGUGCUGAAGGUGGGGGUGGGAGAGGGACUGGAAACCUUCUGAGUGUGGAAAUGCCCUGGAGGAAGGGAAGUCUGAUGUUCAGGGUCCAAACAGCCCCUCUAAUUCAGAACCCCAUAGGAAUUUCUAGAAGGCAGUAUACAGAUAGGGAUGGGGGAGGCCAGACACUAACUCCCGGGGUGAGGUUGCAGGACUCAGCCUGGAUUGCCUUGCCUGCUUCAAAGAUUGGGCUGCCGCAGAGCUGCCCGUUGUGGCUUUUCUUGCUCAAUCUGAGGUGGAAAGAUCACCUGUCAGUGACCUCCUUCGCCCCCCAGGGGAGUGGGUUGGUGCCCAGAGCUACGCAACAGGCUUAUUUGGAGGGUUGACUUGUCUUGUUGCCCCUGGCAUUUCAGCUGGUGCCUGGGCAUGACAGGGAGCGGGUUAUUUAGGAUGAUCCAGCCAGGGACCCUGUCAGCCCAAAGCUUUCAAGAAAACGAAGCCACUGUCACUCUCCGGCCAGCAAGGAGCAUACUACCCCAAUGAGAGCUUUUCUGGGGGCUUGAUGGGGAGAUGGGGAAGGGAGACUACAGAGUAGCAGAAGACCUGUCACCGCAGCUCUGCUGGGCUUCUGCAGAUUAGUGCUACUGCAGCCAGCCCUGGUUGGAGAAAGCUGCAGGGUCUCUCUGUGUGAAGAUGAGGACCCUUAGAGGCAGGCCAUUCUGACCAGACACCCUGGCAGGAAGGGGUUAACCCAUUAGCCUUCCAAGCUCCCUGGAAUUACCAUGGGGACUGAGCCUUGAGGGAACAGCGGAGAAAGCUGAGCUCCGCAAUACCUGGGCCAGCCUCCUCCAAAGGUGCUGUGCAUAUGUUGGGCCCUGGCUGGACCCUCUCAGUGUGCAGAUGAAGUGCCUUUCCCUGAUCUGAGAGCAUUGCCUAGGGGUCCACCCCAUCCCUGGAUCCACAGGGACUGUUGGGGAGACCCAGUGAGAUGUAGCAUUUUAUUCAUGCCCAGGUAGUUGCCCUGGGAUCUGGGCAUUCUACCCUGGGGAAGGGAAAAGAAAGGGCAUCCUGUUAUUUUUUAACCUGUACAGAGCAUCUGACUUUCUGUUCUUCACAUGCAUAUAUGUGUAUGUGUGUAUAUCUUUUUCCCCCAUCAAUUGGUACAAUUUUUAAUAAAACCAUUUAAAGCAAGGCUGGUCUUUCUUUUUUGAGAUGUGAUA